AUUCUUUCAAAAUCAGCUGUAUAUCAGAAAUGAAUUCUCGGAUUUUUAGAAAAACAUCUUCUCUUUAAUAUUUCAAACAAAAUUUCAAUGGCUAAAAAGAUAUUAAUGGUUUGUUUGGGUAAUACGUGUCGAUCACCAAUUGCCGAGGCGGUUAUGUUAGAAAUCUUGAAAAAAGCUGGUCUUAGCGAAAAUUGGCACGUGGAUAGUGCCGCAAUAGCCGAUUGGAAUGUCAAUUGUCCUCCUGAACCAAGAGCUUUAAGGACCAUGGCGAAGCACGGUCUCUCCUACUCAAAUCAAGGCAGACAAAUUCAAGAAGUGGAUUUUCAAGAAUUCGAUUAUAUUUUUGGUAUGGAUAAGAGUAAUGUAAAUCAUUUGGAACGUUUAGCUCCAAAAAAUUGUAAAGCCAAAAUACUAUUACUUGGCGAUUUUGGUUUGCCGAAAAAUGAACGCAUAAUCAUUGAUCCUUAUUUUGAUCACGAUGAUGCUGGCUUUGAGAAAGCCUAUCAGCAAAGUGUAAUUGCAUGUGAAGCAUUUCUCAAAAAUGUUUUAUUUAAAAAAUAACAUCCCUGAGUGUAUAUUCUUAUUAUUCAGUAUGAAAAUACCGAUCAAUUCAGAACAAUUUUGUAACUAUGUCCACUGAACAACAAGGCUGUGAUAUGAUCGAGUGUAAGUUUUAAUAUACUAAGGUAACGUUACGAAGAAUGAAGUAUCACGGAAGGCUGAUGGACUUUUCUUAAUGUAUUUGUAUUAAAAUCAGCUUAAAGUUUCUAUCAAUGUCCAUUAGUAUUUGCACUUACUUUACUAUAUGUAUAUA